AUGGGCCGGCGCACAAACAACGAAGAACCCCUCAUUGACCACGCCUCAGCCCCUCCGUACCCUACGGCCCGCGCUGAGAAGAUGACCUCCGAGCCUCUCAGCACCCAGCCUACACCCCGCAGUCCUACCCUCAGCGACAUGGAGAUGGAGUACGAGAUCGAGAUGGACAUUGAGCUCGGGAACGGCGUUAGGCCCAGUGCGAGCCGCCCGCCCAAGUCGUCCCCUCCCAUCAUGCCCGAACCGGGAGAAGGUGGUCCCCUUGUCCCCGGUCCGCCUGUUGCUCCCAUUCCCCCAAAGAAGGCGAUCUCUGCUCACGCGAACGUCCUCUCCGAGCUGAGGCGCCGAAGUGGGUCCAAGAUGGCUCAUGGACCGGGAGAGGUGAGGCACAUUGAGUAUGCGUCUGGUCGGGCGGCAGAGAAGGGGGCAAGGCGGGCGGAUGAUGCGCUCGAGAGCCCAUACUAUCCCAAGGAGGGGGGAUGGAGCAAGCAAAGGAUGUAUGAACACACGAUCAGGAAGGUAUCGAUCGAUGCGGCAAAGAAAGCCAUACAAGGCUCGCAUUCGCAAACCAAGAAGCAGCCGCCCCUUGUCUAUCCCUUCAUGCAGCUCUCAUUGUCCCCCUCGAAGCCCAAGCCCAAGCUUGCACCGAAGGUCAAGGCUUACACGCCCGCAGCUGAGAAGAAGGAGCAGCGCGGGGCAAUUACGCGUUUCUUGCCGCCCAAUAGGGACGAGGCGUUCAUUGCAUUCAUGCCCAAUUCAGCCGAGGGGACCAUCGCCCUGUUCAAGUCCAGCUGCCCUUCAUUGGCUCAGGUCCCUUCCGAUGAACUCGCCCUCGCUUUGCACUUUGACGGAUCCCCAUCUUGGGUCAAGAACGUCCUCUUCCGGGUCCUCCCCGAAACGUGGCCUCACGCAGUGACCGACGUCCUCCCUCUCAUCCACAUCAAGCAUACGCCGAAGGCCCGGCUCCCUCCAAUCCAGACUGAUGCCCCGACGGUGGCCAAGGUGAGCGACGCAGAUCUGAUGGGCGCCUUCGAGACGGAGAGGAACAACAACAUGUGGAAGGGCAAGCCGGAUCAGACGGACGUGCUGGGACACGGGGAGCCGGGCGUGUUGGCCAUGCUCGCCAAGCAGAAGCAGCAGAAGUGGGAGCAGGCGCAGGGGACGUCGAAGACUUGGGAUGAUCUCGUUCGCGAGGGCGCACUGUUGGGUAUCCACCAGUCUGAGCUCGGCCACCUCGCUGUCCAUUAUGGUUGCAAGCUAUAG